AUGCAACCAAAUCGAGUUCAACGAAAAAUUCCUCUACGACAUGCAUAUUCUCAUCAAUUAGAUUCAAUUAAUAAUCGUUGUCCACAUAAUCGUUUUGGUCUCCUUUGUGAAUAUUCAUGUUCUCAAUGUAUAUUUGGUACAUGUAAUUGGCGUAUGCGAACAUGUGAUUGUCAAUCGGGUUUUACUGGAGUAUUUUGUAAUCAAACAACCAUGGUUGAAAGAAAUAUAAUUGAUGGAAUACAUCGAUGUCAAUUAUGUCAUAAAGGAAAUACGGCUUCAUGUCAUAUGGAAGUAGAUUGUCCAAGUAAUUAUUAUGGUCGUGAUUGUAUUCAUCGAUGUCUAUGUCAACAUGGUGGAAUAUGUGAUUCACGUGACGGUCAUUGCUUUUGUUUAUCGGGUUUCACCGGUAGUCGAUGCGAAUCUUCAUGUCCACCAGGUACCUUUGGACACAUGUGUUUGCAAAAAUGUCAAUGUACAGAAGAUAAUGUUUGCCAUCCACGAACUGAAUGUAAUUCAUUACCUUGUAAUGGUAAUUCAAAAUGUUUAUUUGAACAACAAAGAAAAAAAUCGUUAAUAUCUUCGUGUUCAGAAGGUUAUUAUGGUCCACCUAGUUGUCGUCAAAAAUGUAUGUGUAUGAAUAAUGCUCAAUGUGAACCAUUAUCGGGUCGUUGUCUGUGCCAUUCGGGUCAUGCCGGACGAUAUUGUGAACGAUCUUGUGAGCGUGGUUGGUAUGGUCCUGGAUGCAUUCAUCGAUGUAAUUGUCUUAAUGGAGCAACAUGUGAUUCGCGUACAGGAGCUUGUCUCUGUGGAAUGGGUAUAACAGGAAAAUUAUGCGAUCAAGAAUGUCCUGAAGGAACAUUUGGUCGCAAUUGUUCAGAAAUAUGUCAGUGUAAAAAUGGUGCUCAAUGUAAUAAAAUGACAGGUUGUUGUACUUGUUCUAUUGGAUUUUAUGGUUCGACUUGUCAGUUUGAUUGUCGAUCAUUUACAUAUGGAUUUUAUUGUUCUCAAACAUGUAAUUGUUCAACAGAAACAUCAGAUGGUUGUGAUCCAAAAACGGGUAAAUGUCGAUGUAAACCUGGUUUUCAUGGUGAUCAAUGUGAAACCGCAUGUCCCACAGAACAAUGGGGUGAUGAAUGUUUAAAUAAAUGCGAUUGUAAUGGAAAUUCAUGUAAUUCUCAAACAGGUGUAUGCGAGUGUCCUGCUGGUCGCACUGGUGUUCGUUGUGAAGAAGAUUGUCCAACAAAUACAUAUGGCAUCGGUUGUAAACCAUGUCCAUGUCAAUCAUUUCAACUAUGCGAUGUUGUAACAGGCGAAUGUAGAUGCCCACCGGGAUGGAAAGGUGAUGCUUGCCAAUUUCCAUUAACAGCAAAUGGACCUGAUAUGCCCGAGAGAGGCGAUAUGUAUAAGAAAGAUGCUUAA